AUUUAACUCACGUCGGGACCCAUUUCCCCGCGAUAUCAAACAAACCCAUUCUUCUAACGGCUUCCAACCACAUGGCCUCGUAAUAUCUAACAACAGUCUGCAGUGCCGCAACAAUGUCCCUCAAUGACAACCGCACUAGACGUCUCUCAGCAUCAACAAACCAAAUCCCCACCGUCCCACGAUUAAAAGACACAAAACGUUCCUUCUCGUACAACGCUCGCGACGACGGGACUCCUUCCUCCCCCGCGAAACAAAAGAGCGACCCAGCCGCCUGUGGACAUAUGAGCAAGGCGUCGCUGAUGGGGAUUCUCAAUUCCGGCGAGGUCAAGACCGCGGAGGGCUCGAGGAAAGUGCAGAAUAUGCUUCUGGAUACGGAGAGAGAGUUGCGUGAGCAGCGGAGACGCUCGUUGCAUGAGUCGAGCCCUGGGGGUGGUGUUAGGGCGUUGUUGGAUCCGAUGGAGAGUCUGAGGAGGUCGGGGGAGUUUUAUAAUGGGAUGAGGUGAUGCAUUGAAGUACAACGGAGUUUGAGUCAAGUAUUGAAUGGUUGUAUACUUAAUGGCAUGGAAAGCGUGCGGGAGUUUGUGAUUCAAAAUGGUCUAGCAAUGAACAUAUUAUCAAGCAUCUGAGUAAUCUCCUACCAAGUUGCUACUUGAUGCGGCGUACUGAAACUAUAUGUAGCUAUCUAUAUCAAUAGCCUGCAAUAUCAGAG